UAGACCAGAAGAGGAAACAGAAGUUGUUCUCUCCCCACAGAGAUGGUUGGUGGUUGCCUGAGCUGCCUCUUCACAUACAUUUCUGUGCUACUUUUUUGGAUCUGCCUUCACGAUGUGGAGGCUUCCAGUUGUCAACAUGACAUCCAUAAAAAAGUUGGAGACACCGUCGAGAUUUCAUCAUGCUUACCAACUGAAGGGGUCGUCAUGGCAAGAUGGAAAUAUGGGCCGACAGUAAUUGCAGACAAAGAUACAAAUGUUUCUGUAAACCAUCAGUUUAAGGGCAGAUUAGACUUUAACCCCACAAACUUUAGUUUAACAUUGAGAGGACUGACUCUCAAAGAUUCUGGUGAGUUUAGUUUUUUGUCUGCAUUAAAUGGCCAGCAAAGGGAAACAGUCACCAUCACUCUGCAUGUUCAUGAGCCCAUAACUGAAGAGCCUGUCGUCUCUUCUAAUAUCACCUGGCACCCCUUGAACCAGUCCUGUACAGUUUUUCUGACAUGCAGUGCAGCCUCGCACAGCAAUGUCAUCUACCGCUGGGCCGAGAAGAACCAAAACAUAAAUGGCUCCAGCCUGAACAACAUUAUCAUGUCUCAGGAUGAAGAUACCAAUUUCACCUGCACUGUUUCCAAUGUUGUCAGUGAGAAGUCAACAUCCAAAGUGGUGAAGUGCAGCAACAGUACGUCUGACCCACCUGUGGGCCCGGGCUUUAUCAUUCUUUUGGGUGCGGCAGGAGGAAGUUGUGUGAUGCUCAUCAUUUUAGUUGCAGUGGCUGUAUGUUUUUGUCACCGCAAGAAAAGCCAAGCGGGUGUGGACACACAUGACCUCACUGUGUAUGCUGAUAUAUCUGAUGUUGCAAAUGAGGCUGGCACUGCCAUGAAGUCGUGCACACUGUACGAAACCAUCGAGAACAAAGUCGUUACAGCUCCAGCUGUGCCCCAGACUGUGUACGACCAGAUCCAGUUCAAUCGCAUGAAUGCUUCGGUGUCACCCUAUCAAGAGAUUUCGUAGAGUGUCACAACAUGUAUUGCCUCAAAAAUCCCAAAGUAAAAUGCAUAAGAUACUUUGCUUGGGGCAACAUUUGAAAAAAGGCUAAUAUGAUGAAGGAAAGUCAUAAAACUGAGUACAUUUUCUAUCUUUGGCCAUGAGAGACUAUUGCAACCCACCUUUAUCUUAUUAAAAAAACUAACCUACAUGUUCCAAUGUUAUUAACAAUUUUGUAAAUUCUGUAAAUACAAAGGUUAUAUUUUUUUGUACUGUUAUAUGCAAAUCUUUUGUAAAUAUCCCUUCUGAGGCUUGCCUGUUUCGGCUUGUGCAAAGAUGGUCAUCUUAAAUUACAUGCAAUGUCAUAACUGCC